UCAUUUUCAAUAAAUUCAAUAAAAUAAACUUCCAAUCCUUCACUUUUAAACAUUUCCAUUAUUCUUCUAUUUUUUUCUUUCCUAUGCAACUCUUCCUUAGCAACUCCGCUUUUUUUCAUUUCCGGUUGCAACAACGAAGACGUAUCUUCUUCGCCGCGUCCGGGAACAGGGCCGUGUCUAGCGCUAAAAAUGGUGUUCGACACCGUGUCUUGCACGUCCCCGAAACGUGUCCGUGUCAGCAAAGUGUCGGAAGCCGGGAAGCGCAGCCUCCUAGCCGUCUCGGAGCUUCACAGGGAAGGAUGAAAUGUCGUCUGUCAUGUGGCCUUGAUUAAAAACGUGAAUAGAAGGUUCCAUACACAAAUUGGAUUUUACUUCUAACAGAAGAACAAAAGAUAAAGAAUGUGCGGAUAGUUGGAAGGGAGAGAAAAGGGAAUCAAACCGAAUCGAUUGAUGCGCGUGAGUGUUACUGUGAGAGGUGCGGUGAGAGGGAGAGGCUACCAUGGGCGUUGGAGUGUUGAGAGUGAGUGCCAGGGGAAGGCGAAGGGGAAUCCCAGUGCCUGGAAUUCCCUUCUUCGCAUGCACUCCACCCAUGGAUUGCCCCAAAGUGUCCUUCGAUGUUUUGCUUCUUUCCUCAACUCUGGCCAUUCCCCUGAUCAGUUCACUUUUGCCAUCACUCUGUCCGCCUGUGCAAAGCUACACAAUGUUGAGUUGGGGAGGGCAGUUCACUGUUGCAUAAUUAAGAGGGGUCUUCAUUCUGCCUCCUUCUGUCAUGGCGCACUCAUCCAUCUUUACGCCAAUUCCCACUCUCUCACUUCUGCUCGCACCCUAUUUGACGCCGCACCCUCCCCUCAUCUCCACCCUGUUUCUUGGACCUCUUUAAUCUCUGGUUAUGUUCAAGCCGGCUUGCCUCAGCAGGCACUCCACGUAUUUGACAAAAUGCGCACCACUGCUUCUCCCGCUUCUUUUCCAAUUCUAGACCCUGUGGCACUUGUCACCGUCUUAAACACUUACACCUCUUUAGGAAAGCUGGACAAUGCUUGCCAAUUGUUUUCACGGAUGCCCAUCUCCACCCGCAACGUUGUGGCCUGGAAUGUCAUGAUUUCUGGUCAUGCCAAAAGAGGCCAUUAUCAGGAGGCUCUUGCCUUCUUUCGUCAAAUGAGUAAGCAUGGUGUCAAAUCCUCAAGAUCCACACUCGCAACUGUUUUAAGUGCAAUUGCCAGUUUAGCCGCUCUCCAUCACGGCUUCUUAGUUCAUGCCCUGGCUAUCAAGCAAGGUUUCGAUUCCAGUAUAUACGUUGCAAGUUCUUUGAUCAAUAUGUAUGGCAAGUGUGCGAUGCUGGAUGCUGCACGCCAAGUAUUUGAUGCUAUAUCUCACAAAAAUAUGAUUGUCUGGAACACCAUGCUCGGAGUUUAUUCACAGAAUGCAUAUUUAAGUAAUGUCAUGGAGUUGUUCUCGGAUAUGACAAUAUGUGGCGUUCACCCAGAUGAAUUUACCUACACAAGCAUUUUGAGCUCGUGUGCAUCGUUUGAAUGCGUACGAAUUGGUCACCAGUUGCAUUCAACUAUUAUCAAGAAGGGUUUUACCUCCAAUUUAUUUGUCAACAAUUCAUUGAUAGAUAUGUAUGCCAAAGCUGGGGCUUUGACGGAAGCUGCUAAGCAGUUUGAGCUCAUGACAUACCGAGAUCAUGUUUCCUGGAAUGCCAUUAUUGUUGGACAUGUGCAGGAAGAAGAGGAGGCUGUUGCUUUCAGUUUGUUUCAAAGAAUGAAUUUGGACGGCUUUGUAUCUGAUGAGGUAUCUUUGGCCAGCAUACUUAGUGCAUGUGGAAAUAUUAAGGUGCUAGAAGUAGGACAGCAGCUCCAUUGCCUGUCAGUUAAGUUGGGUUUAGAAACUAACCUUUUUGCUGGAAGUUCUCUUAUUGACAUGUAUUCGAAAUGCGGAGACAUUGAAGAUGCACAAAAAAUUUAUUCUAGCAUGCCUGAACGGAGUGUGGUCUCCUUUAAUGCUCUGAUUGCAGGAUAUGCUCCAAAAGACAUAAAAAAAGCUAUUAGUCUUAUUCAUGAGAUGCUGAUACUGGGACUGAAGCCAUCUGAGAUUACAUUUGUAAGCGUCAUAGAUGUUUGUAAGGGUUCUGCAAAGGUAAUUUUAGGCAUGCAGAUCCAUUGUGUUGUAGUAAAGAGGGGUCUCUUAUGUGGUAGCGAAUUCUUAGGAACCUCUUUGUUGGGCAUGUAUAUGGAUUCACAAAGGCUUGCAGAUGCAAGCGUUCUUUUCUCGGAGUUUUCUAACCUUAAAAGCACGGUAAUGUGGACCGCUUUAAUUUCAGGAUAUACCCAAAAUGAGUGCAGUGAUGUGGCCUUAAACUUGUAUCAGGAAAUGCGUGGCAACAAUAUCUUACCCGACCAAGCAACUUUUGUUACUGCUCUUCGAGCUUCUGCUCUCUUAUCCUCACUGCAUGAUGGUAGAGAGAUACAUUCUCUAAUCUUCCAUACUGGUUUUGACUUAGAUGAGUUAACAGGUAGUGCCCUUGUAGACAUGUAUGCAAAAUGUGGCGAUGUAAAAAGUGCUGUUCAAGUUUUUGAUGAAUUGACUAUUAAAAAGGAUGUGAUUUCUUGGAACUCAAUGAUAGUUGGAUUUGCCAAAAAUGGUUAUGCAGAAAGUGCCCUGAAGGUCUUUAAUGAGAUGGCUCAAUCAUGCAUUACCCCUGAUGAGGUAACAUUUCUUGGAGUGCUCACUGCUUGUAGCCAUGCAGGGUGGGUUUAUGAGGGUCGUCAAGUUUUUCACAUCAUGGUAAACUAUUAUGGAAUUGAGCCUAGAGGGGAUCACUACGCUUGCAUGGUUGAUCUACUUGGUAGGUGGGGUUUUCUAAAGGAAGCUGAAGAGUUCAUUGACAAACUAGAACUUGAACCGAAUGCUAUGAUUUGGGCCAAUUUAUUGAGUGCUUGCAGAAUACAUGGGGACGAAAAGAGGGGGCAGAGAGCGGCUAAGAAACUUAUUGAGUUAGAACCCAGAAACUCUUCUUCAUAUGUACUGCUUUCAAAUUUGUAUGCUGCAUCUGGACUUUGGGAUGAAGCUAGAUCGUUGAGGAGAACAAUGAUGCAGAAAGAUAUCCAAAAAAUGCCUGGCUGUAGCUGGAUCGUUGUAGGACAAAAUACAAACCUAUUUGUUGCGGGUGAUAAGUCACAUCCUAGUUGUGAUGAAAUUUCACUAGCAUUAAAGCACCUGACGGCACUAAUUAAAGACAAUACAUUCCAUGAUUUCCUGGGUUAGUUACAUGUAGUUAUUCUAUGUGAUAGGACGUAAAGUUUAAUUGAAUCUCGUCACUUGAAGGUUGUUUUAAGGAUUUGAUUCUUCCCAAAUCAUAACGUGUUGGGGAGUUUAUUCAACCAAAUCUCAUUACAUGAAGACUGUUUGUGCUAUAGGUCGUAUUUGUUAUGAACUUUUAGCCUUGAUGUCUGGACAUCUACAUCCUCAUCUACUUUUGAUGGGGAACAUUCUUCUCUGCUUACAUCAUGUUCCAAGCGAUGAAUAACAUCUAUGUGUCCUUCAAACUCAACUUUUUGGAUAGAAUAAACAGUUUGUUCUGUAAGUUAGCCCCAUAAAUAAUUAUUUGCUGUGAUUUGUCGAAGGAAGGAUUGAUGGAGGAGGAUCAACAGACCAGCCCAUUGUUUACAACUUGCACACCUCGGGUUGAGUAGUCUGCACUUUUCAAAAUGUGUAACUUUACGCUUUCUAAGCAGAGGAUUUAAGCUCAUGAUCUGUCCUUAUGCAUUAGUCCUAAAAUUUCAGCUGAUCAUUCUUCGUUUUUUUUUAAGGUGACUCAUGCAAAGAUCUCUUACAUUACUAGUUUUGUGGCAUUGGAUUGUUUUUCCUUGAGCUUAUCAUUAUUGAUAUUGGAAGGCAAAUUCUACACUAUAAUAAUUUUCCUCGAUACUUCUCUGAGAGAUGUAAGAGCAAGUUCUGGAAUCGAGAGGAUUGGGAACAGUAAUAAAGUGCUAUGUUAUGAUUAAUGAAGACAGAGGCUGGCGUGAACCAUCAGAUUUCUAAACGUGGAAUAGACUUGAAGGUUUGGUGCAUAAAAUGAAUGUUUGGAAGCUAAUAAUUUUAUUAAAUUAAAAUUUUGUUUAA